AUGGCUGAAAGAAAUAGGAAUAUGGCGAUCGCUUGUGAAGUAUGUGGUACUGCUGAUAAUGUAAUUAUGUUUUACAGACGCAAAAAUCUGUGUAAUAGAUGCAAACAGUUUUCCCGAAGAAUCACAAAAGCAACUACCCCUAUUGUUUGCAAUUGUACAGGGGAAUGUUCUCCUUCGGGAACGUGUAGAGAAGGUCGACUGGCUAAAUGCGCGGAAAUUGGAUUAAACAUUUUCGACGAAAAACUUGAAAAACUUUUCAAAAAUUUGAUGGAUUGGAACGAGCGCAGGCUGUUCAAUUUUACGAAUUCGCAACCAACAGAAGAUCUGAGUUUGGAGGAAAUAAUGAACAGAGGAACUAUCGAAUUCACAGAAAGAUCUCCGAGUGAUCACAAUUUGACUUCUCAUCAAUGGGCUUCACUUCAAAAUAUAACCACUAUUGAAUUCAUGAAAGGAUUUCAUUUUGUGAAGUUUUUGAAUCCAGAGGAGACUACAGCAUUCAUUAAAAAGACUUACUUCAAGACAACCAUAUUUUUCAUGGCAAUGGCAUCGUUUCAGUCGAACAGAGACUCGAUGAUCUUCCCUGGAAACAAAGAUGUUUUUCCUGAAGAGUCUGUUGAUAUUCAGCAACGUCAUGACAAAUUAUUCAAACGAAUUCGUUGUCUUUUAAUUUCAAAGUUCAUUGAAUUCCGAGUUACAAAAGAAGAAUUUCUUCUUCUUUCUGUUCUCAUCUCCUGCGAUCCAAAUAUUAUUAUGGAGCCAAAUAGUGAUGAUGGUUCAAGUGCAUUCACUCCAAAUCAGAAACGACGUCUUCGUAUGAUCAAACUGAAUAAUCUCUGA